UUGUUUUAAAAUAUAUAAUUUCUGAGCUGUUUUAAAUGUUAUUUGACACUUGUGACUUGAAGUCUAAAAUGAAUAAAAAGCUAACAUUAAUAAUUUCCCUUUUUGUGGUAUUUUUACGAGGGUUUCUUAGCGAAUUGCCUCCAGGUAAUUUAACCGAUUUUUCGGUAUGUAAGGUGAGUCAUUUGGGAUUGGGAUAUACAGGCACUAUUGCCAAGACCGAGUCUAGGGUAAGAUGUCAGACUUGGUCUAUGGAUAUGCCCCACAAAAUCGAUCAAAAAAUUACUGACGACGCGUUUCCUUUUGGAUCUAAAAAAUUUUCUAAAAACUAUUGCAGAAAUCCAGAUAGAAGGGUUGAUGGACCUUGGUGUUAUACCAUGAAUGAGGAUUUGAUGUAUGAAACCUGUGCUGUACCUUUGUGUUCAUUUUCAGAAUGUAAAAUUACUGGACCUGGUAGUGAGUAUGGAGGAAAUCAUAAUAGAGGUGUUUCAGACCGAAAAUGUUUGAAAUGGAGUAAAGAUCGUUCAAAAGUGAUGUCGAACGGUAACUAUACGAAGGUUAAGAAAUUUUCUGAUUAUCUAUUUCCGGAUGGUAGUGCAAAUAAAGCAAAAAACUACUGUAGGAAUCCUGAUGGUGACAUUGGCAGGUUUUUUUUCUAAAAUAAGAAUAUGUUUAUAUAUCUCCUUGAAUUUGUCUAGGAGGACCGUGGUGUUUUGUAGAGAACGACGAACAAAAUUAUCUAGAGAAAGAAUACUGUGAUAUACCAUCUUGUGACGAUCCAGA